GUGACGCAUAUUGAUGAUGUAAUGUGUGCGCGCCAUUCAGAACAAAAAACAAAAUCAUGGCGACGGUUACGGUGAAGCAAGAGCCUGAGGAUGAAGACUGUUCUUUACUUCCACUGGUCCACGACAUAAUUAAAUGCAUGGACAAGGACAACCAGGAGGUGCACCAGGAGCUGAGCAAGCUGAAGACCAAGAUCCAGGAGGCGCGGGAGCAGAUCGCCGGGAUGCCCGGCAUCGACCUCAGCCCGGAGGAGCAGCAGAGGCGGCUGCGGUUGCUACGGGAACAGGUCCGCACCAAGAACCAGCUGCUGCAGAAGUACAAGAGCCUGUGCAUGUUCGACAUCCCCAAGGCGUAGAGCCACGCGGGGACACUGUGCGGGCGGCGGUUGCUCCCAUGCCUGGCUGUGAGCGGACACACGCCUGACGGACACACCCCAGGUGGCACCACCCCUGGACGGACUCGCCCUAGACCGGUGUGUCUGGAGACCAACUGUCCUGUAGCACGCCCUCAUUCAACAGCUGGAGCAGGGUUGCCCAACCCUGUUUCUGGAGAUCUACUGUCCUGUAGGUUUUCCACUCCAACCCUAAUUUGGCACAGCGUAUUCUACGACUUAGCAGUUUGAUGAGAUCUCCAGCUGUCGAAUGAGAUGUGCUUUGUUAGGAUUGGAGUGAGAACCAACGGGAUGGUAGAUCCUCAGGAACAGGGCUGGGCACCACUGCCAUAGACAGACGUGACCUAGAUACACACGUCUCAAGAUGGACAAAGAUAAGCCUUGCAGACCUGCUUCUGGAGAGCACUGCUGGUUGUUUUUGUUCUCAACUUAAACCAGUUCAGACCCAGUUAACCAGACCAGGCGAGUUAACCCUUUUGAAGAGUAGUUUUUUUUUUUUUGGAAUGUUUUAUUCAGUGAGUCAGUGUUCUAGAACUCCAUUGCUUUCAGUGACCAGUAGUAAUUGUGAUAAGAAUAAGAAUGUUCGGUUGAGAACAUUCUACUCUCAUACAUGUGAACUCACACUUUAAAGGGUUAAUUCAGGACCUGGGGUGUAGAUAUGUGAACUACAGAAAUGGGUUGUGUUCAUGUAGUGCUGUUUUUAUUAUCACAGAGUGCUUUACAGUGAAAAGAGGGAACCUCAUGGUUCAACCAAACUCCCCCCCCCCCCCCCCCCAUUGGCGAGUGGACAUUGAGAAGCACGAAUUGAGUGUUGUCUCUGGACAGUUACCCAAGAGUCACUGUGGACCCCCCCCCCCCCAUCUGCCCCCCUCCACCAACCGUGCAUGUGGUCCAGCUGCAGACCUGCUGAUGUGCUUCACCAGUGUCUCUUUCCAAGUGCUGGAUGAAGAAGAAGAAAAAAGAAAAAGCGCUCUUAGAGGAUUUACUGUUUUACGCGAACAAAUAUGGUACUGUUUUCUUUAUCUGUUUCUUCGCUGCCCCUGAGGCACAAGCCGGUCGGGUCAUGUGGAUAAACCAGCCCUUUUCUACGAGAUUUACAUGAGAAAAGUUUCCCUCUUUUUUUUUUUUUUUUUUUGGUAAGGGCCCUUUUUGUAUCUUUCUAAUGAUGUAUUUAUCGUACAAUGCAAACUAAUAAAGUAGCUAAAGCUUAACCAGUUUUA